AUGUUUGCCCCAACGGUCGAGGAGAUCGUGCGGGAUCGGCUCACACAGCUCAGUCUUCAGUACUGGGCCGGGGCACCCGAUCAGCUCCCAUUCGAUCCCAAGAUCGUGGAUGAUAUUUACACUGAGGAGCUAUCAGCACCCAAUCCCUUCUCCCGCAUCAUGCUCCUCGAACUGGCACAUUAUCUCGAAGCAUUUUUGUGGCCCAAUUUCGAUGCCGAUAAGUCGUCGGUCGCGCAUGUGGUGUCCAUCCUGGUGAUGGUGAACGAGAAGUUCCGCGAGAACGUGUCGGCACCGUGGGCCUGUUUCCAGGAGGACGAGGCCCGUUUCGGCCGCUUCUUCCAGCGCGUGCUGGGCCUGCGCGAGGAGCGACAGCUCUCCACGCGCGAGGAGGCCGUCUACCUCCUCUUCCUCAUCAACUCCUUCCAAAGCCUCGAGAACCCCAUGGUCCGCUCCGAAUGCCUCAAGCUGGUGUACCUGCCACUCUGGCUGUCGGUGGCCGAGGGGCGCGCCGAGCAGGAGGUGCGUUCGCUUCCGCCGCGAAUCCAGGAGCGAUGGAAGAAGCUCAAGACCGCCAGCAAGAAGAAGACCAAGAAGAACACGAAGAAGAAUGCCAACGACCCGGCGCGCACCUUCAUUCCGGGCCUGCUGCGCCACUUCCUCGACCUCCUCGACCUCCUCGAGACCCCGCCCGCCGACAACGCCGACGAGGCCGCUCAGGAGGAGCGCAGCGCGCGCGUGGCCUACUGCGAGCGGCUUGUGGAGUGGCUGAUCGACCUCGAGUCGCAGCUGCCCACGCGGCGGUUCUUCCACCUGGUGCUGCAGGACGCGCACGUCGUGGAGCGGUGCCGCCUGUCGGCCUUUGCCAAGCGGCCGGAGGCCAGCCUCUUCCAGCAGCUGGUCGACAUGCUCGCCGCCUUUGCCGCGUUCGACGUCAACAACUACUCGGGCGAGGCCCUGUCCGACGAACAGGCCACCGCGUUCCACUGCCGCCGCAUCCACGCCCUGCAGAAGGCCGCCUUCAAGCUCUUCCCCGACGAGCUGCGCGCGUUGGCCAUGUCCAACAUCGGCGCCGUCCAGGCCCGCCCCUCGCUCGCGCGCCACCUCGCCGCCCUCUCGCCCGCGCAGCUGCGCCAGCUCGCCGAGCACCUCCACCUGCUCCACCCGCCGCCCAACACUGGCGCCGAGCCCGACGCGGUGGAGUCCACCGAGUUCCUGCUCGAGGUGCUGCUCACGCACCACGAGCUGCGGCCGUCGCAGCUGGACAAGGUCAACCAGCUGGCCCUGUACCCCAACGAGGAGAUCCUGUGGGACGAGAACGCGGUGCCGGCCGCCACCUACACCGGCGAGCACUGCCUCGCGCUGCCCAAGCUCAACCUGCAGUUCCUCACCUUCUACGACUACCUGCUGCGCAACUUCAACCUCUUCCGCCUCGAGGCCACCUACGCCAUCCGGGCCGACGUCGAGGACGCCGUGCGCCGCAUGAACCCGCGCCGCACGCCUUCGGGCCAGACCGCCUUCAACGGCUGGGCCCGCAUGUCCCUCCCCAUCAAGAACUUCCGCAUCACCGCCGUGCGCCCGCCGCGCAUCGGCGAGAAGCAGCCGGCCGCCGUCGAGGCCGAGGUCAUGUGGAACCUGGCCGACACCCAGGGGCCGAUGCGCCACGAGUGGGAGGAGCUCCGCGAGCACGACAUCCUCUACCUGCUGGUCGUCAAGUCCCCGCUCGCGCCCGGCGAGCAGCCCGCCGCCGACGCGCCGUUCCGCGACCAGUACGGCGUCACCUACUGCCGCGGGGCCGAGGCUUCGUCUUCGAUCGAAGACGUGGUGCGGAAGGGGUACUUGACGAACCACUUCACGGCCGAGGAGAUCAAGGCCCGCUGGCACGCGAUCCUCUACGACCAGCCCACCGCCGAGGCGUGCGCUGCCCGGCUGGCCGAGAUCGAGUUUGACCUGCCGCUGUUGGCCUACUUGGAGCAACGGCCACCGCACGUGGCCAGCCCGGAUAAGCCCCACGAGCCCCCGCCCGCGGAGGUGAAAAAUACGGCAGAGGUCGACGCCUCGUCUCACGCGCCUCCGGGAACUUCCGCAGCGGCCUCUUCUGCCUCCACCUCUGCCUCCACCUCCACCUCUGUUCCUCUCUCCUUUACAACUGAAGAAUUGGACGGGCUCCGCUUUUCCGAGAUGGAGGCGAAGCUGCUGGCGGCCAUGCCUCACUCCACCCUCGAUUUCUUCAGCCGCAUCGCCCGCAAGGAAGCCUACUGGCGGGAGGGAGAGCGGGUGCAGGAGCAGAUCCUGCGGGUGGAGAACGAGCUGAAGCUGAUCACGGAGAAGAAGCUCAAGAUGCUGGCCCUCCUGCGCGGUCGCUACCUCCGCUACGAAAUGAAGAGCAAAGAGAUCGUGCUGGGCCGUACGACCGGCGAUGCGGUCGUGGAUGUGGAUCUCUCCGAGGAGGGCGACGCAGCGAAGAUAUCACGACGACAGGCGGUGAUCAAGCUGAAGCGGGACGGCGAGUUCUAUGUGCACAACGUGGGGCGAGCCACCAUCUUCGUCAACGGGCGAUCCGUUCCCACCGGGAAGCGAAUGCACCUCACGCACUGUUGUCUCGUCGAGAUAGCGUUCAUCUUCGAAAUCAAUCGCUCCCUGCACGCCAAGCUCAAGGCGGGCCUCACGGCCAUCACCACCAGCAUCGGCGCCGCCACCACUUGA